AGACCAGAACAGACCCCGACGCGGCGCAGGCCCACACCCAACCCUGGCCCCGGAUGUAGGGCAAUAAUUGCCAAUUUCAAUUUCUCUGCAAUUGGAAAAAUCUCGAAAAUUGUUUGUGUGUGUUUCGUGCCCCAGUCAUGUCAUGCCCAGGCAACUCGUAAAAUACGUACUACGUACGAGUAUAUCUGGCAAUACUCUGACUCCAAGUAACUCUUGACUGCGCGUCACGCACCGCGAACAGGGAUCGGAGCGGAGCCUCCCUUUCUGCCACUCUUUCCUGACUGACUUUCCGCCUCGCACUCCCGUUGCACAAUGCACAGGCUGGUGCUUCUUCGACUGCUGCACUGGUGGCCAGCGCUGCGUUGGCUGCCCUCAAGCCGCACUUUUGGCAACCCCCCCUGCGUCUGCUGAUAAAAGGGGGAUCCCACACACAGAGAGAAAGAAUCGACAAAAAAAGGGGGGAAACCUACCAGCAAAAGGAACGAACCAGAGACUGUCUUAAAGGUGCGUUGCACUCCCGCUCGCUCGCUCGCUCGCUCGUUGCCGUUUUUGUUGUCAUUGAUUCCGCGGAUAGCAUGCGGCAGGGGCAGCAAACGGCAACAGCUGCUGCGACAAUACUAGAGACGAGCCACAAUAGUUGCAGCGAUUAUUUCGAGCAUCCGCCUUCCUCUGCUGCUCGUCCGCCUCCGCCUCCUCAUCCUCCUCUGCCACCACUCCUUGCCACCGCUCUAGCUGUAGCUGUAGUUGUAGUUGUUGCUGCUGUCUUCCGUAACGUGGCCAGAACGUUGCCGGGCAAUUAUUAUUUUGUAAGACGUUUUACAAUUUAAUGGUUUUCAUGAAUGGACUUGGAUCCGACCCUCUGUCAGCAAAGGAGGCAGAGGGCCCUCCGGUUCAGGUUGAACCAGUUGAUUUGAGCCUACGUUCGCCGCGCGCGAGCACUUCGCAUGGGAGCAGCAGCAGUGGAAGCGGCAGCGGCAGUGGCAGUGGCAGCUGUAAAUCCUCAUCGACCACCAAAGCAGUCCAUAGCAGCAUCAACUACAGCAAUGGCAAGCAGUCUGGAUCAUCCUCAUCCGCAUCCAGCUAUGCGGCCGGUGCUUCGGCCGGUGCCUCGUCGUUGGGGGCCUUUGGCCGUCAGCAUCAGCAUCAGCAGCCCACUCAGCAACAACUUUAUGCCUCCGGUGUGUCCAAGUUGCCAUUCUCGCCAUUCUUUGCCGCGUCGCCAUUCUUCUUCACCUACCGCCGGAUUAGCGGCGGUGGGGCCGGGGCCGGGGCCGGGGCCGGCGCCGGCGCCGGAAGCGGCAAGCAGGAGGACAACAACAACAGCUGCAGCUACAACAAUGGCAGCAGUGGCGGCAGCAGCAGCAACUCCUCCUCGCUCAUGCAGGACUACGACCGCAAAUUCAGCCUGCUGAGCCUGUUCAAGAAUCCCUACAAGUUCAGUGACGGGCAGGCAGCGAGAAAGACCUCACCGACGGGCGGCAGCACCAGCAGCAGCAAGUCGGCGGUGGCCCCUGCCUGCUCCUCCGCCUCAUCCUCCGCCAGCUGGAAGAGCUACGCGGGCUCUGGGUCACCGCACGCUGCCCUUAAUCCGGCCUUCGGUGGCAUGGCCCUGGGCGCCACCCGCAAGGACAACAGCAGCUUCAGCGGCAUCAAUUUUGGCGGCGGAGCCUCCUCCUUUGCUCGGUCCACCUCCUCCGAUGCGACGGCCAACGGCGGCGGCUACAAUGAUCUCUCCAAGAACCGCAAGGUACACAAAUGCGACACCGAAGGCUGCGACAAGGUCUACACCAAAAGCUCGCACCUCAAGGCGCACAAGCGAACGCAUACGGGUGAGAAGCCGUAUGUGUGCACCUGGGAGGGCUGCAUCUGGCGCUUUGCCCGCUCCGAUGAGCUGACCCGCCACUACCGCAAGCACACGGGCGUGAAGCCAUUCCGCUGUCAGCUCUGCACGAGAAGCUUCAGCCGCUCCGAUCAUCUGUCGCUGCACAUGCGCCGCCACUGAGCAGAAUGUCAGCAAAAGGAUUGACGUGAGGACUGUGACUGCCAAUCUGGCCAUACAUACAAUACAAUACAAUACAAUACAUACAUACAUACAUAUCUAUAUAGACGCCGAGAAUACUCAUCGAAGAUGCUGCUCGCUCUUGACUACUCGUAUUUAUAUAUCACACUUCACAGAUUUUCCAUAUUUUCCAUAUUGCCUAAGUAGCUCAAUUUAGUGUUAGGCGGGCUCAAAGCCCAAUCUAUUUAUAGGGUAUUCGAUAGUUCUAGAGCUGAAGAAUUUGUAAAAUUCGUUCACAAUACAUUCACAACCCAGAGACAAUUGCCUUCAGAAGCCAAGUUACGAAAUGGAAUUUAAGCCUACAACACUCGUACAUACACUCGUAGAAAGUAUCCAUAUAAUAUAAUAUAAAAUAUACAUAAAUACAUACAUACAUACCUAUACAUAUACAUAUAUACAGAUAGUUUUGGAUUGGUGCUAGCAACUUGCGUGUAUAUAUAUACAUACAUACAUAUACAUAAUAUAUAUAUACUAUUAUAUUUGGUAAGACAAAUUUUAACUAAUUUUAGAUGAAAUUUUUUAUUGGUUAUUAAGUAGAAAAUUUUUAUACUCGUAUACCACACACAAGAAAAAAAAAACAAAACAAAAAAGG